AUGUGCACAGACUGCUGGUUCUGUGAUCAACGCCGAGCUGAGUUGAAUGAUGUUUCUGGAAAUUCACUUGUGAAAGCUGCUAGUUGUGACGAGAUGUUUAAAAAUAGACUCUCUAUUUCUAAUGAAGCAGAACAGGAGGAACGUCGUAUGUCAGAUUUGUCUGAUUGGGCUUCAAGAUGCUGCUAUAAAGGAGCUUUCUUCUUUAUUCGUUCAAAAGAUGUUGUCACUUCUAAAAGAAUUGAAGAACUUGAAGAGGUUAUUCGUCGAAAAUGCACAAUUAUUACUAAGUUGAAAAAGGACUUGAUUGUUCUGGAACAGAAGGUGGUGAACUUAACAAGAGCCAAAAGGCGGUCAUUCUCUGGGCCGAGCUUGGAUAAGAAACAGCUACCUACAAUGUCAGAUAAUCUGCUUUAUGAUAUGGAUAGUCCUUUAUCUUCUGAUUCAGACUGCACCUCUGAGAAGAAGCAGAAUACCUCUUGUACUGUUGAAACUCGAGUAGUAGUAAAGGCCUCCACAAACACCCCUCUUCAAAACAGCUCUUCUUCAAGUGAGAAACUGUCAAAGAUAAACCAGAAACUGUCACUUGCAAAAGCCCCAUCGCCUUCUACAAUGCUUUCACUUCAGGUCCCGAAAUCCAGACCAGUGAGUCCCCUUAAGGAGAAAUCGUUGAAUCAAACUUAUCAUUCAGUAGCUUCUCCAAUGCCAAACAAGGUGUCUGCUGGUGUAGGUUCGAAAACUAACAGAAGACGAACUCAUAGUGGAUCCAAAGAUGCAGUAGCCUCACAGAAGCGAUGGAUGUAGUAUGAUGUCCAAUAUUAGUAUCAAAUUCUGAUGAUGAAGAAUCGACGGUAC